CAGCAGCUGCUCGCACAGAGGCUGAAGGCCGCGGUUCACUACACGGUCGGGUGCCUGUGCCAGGAGGUGGAGGAGGACAAGGACGUGCGGUUCAGCAAACAGAGCAUCGCAGCCAUCUCGGAGAUCACCUUCCGGCAGUGCGAAAUCUUUGCAAAAGACCUCGAAAUGUUUGCAAGGCAUGCAAAACGAACCACAGUCACGACAGAAGAUGUGAAGCUUUUGACUAGAAGAAGCAAUUCUUUGCUAAAAUAUAUCACUCAGAAAAGCGAAGAGCUUGCAUCAAGUAACAUGGAGCAGAAAGAGAAGAAGAAAAAGAAGUCCAGUGCAGCUAAGGGAGAGAGAACUCCUGGGGAACAAGAAACAGCUGUGACUGAAAAUGAAGAUUCCAGCAUGGCAUGAUUUAUCUUUCGAGUAAUGUUUCAGGACAUUUUCUCUUACUAUCCUAGAGAAACCAGACUUAGCUUAUUCAUCUUGCAGGUUAGCUCCAGUAAUGAAUCUUUAGGUUUUCAGGUGAAUGCCACUGGAUUUUUAUUGUUCCAAAAAUUAAGUCUGUCAGAAUUCAGUAAGCUUACAGCCAAAAUGCCUUAAUUGCUCACAAAAGGUAUCUGCUAUUAAAAUUAAAAUACUUUAAAUAAAGAGUUUGAAAUAGACCAUUUUCACUGAGCCAUAACUCAGUAUGUGCAACACCCUUCAUUCUGCUACUUUAUUUCUCUAGUAACUCUGACUUUUUCCUUGCUUCCAAUUUUGCUAUUUUUGCUCAGGCAUUUUGCAUAUUUUGUUUUUAAGAAGCCAUAUCUCUUGCUCGUUGCCUUGACAUGUAAAGUGUUUUUUGCUGUUUCCCCGCUGUGGCACUGCUGGGCUACAGUUGUCACUGCCAGUAAUUCCCAUUUUCAGGUGGCACCGUGGCUGCAGAGCAGCAGGCAGGGAUCUCACGAGCCUCUGCUGGGCUGGCAGAGCCUUACCCAGUGCAAAGGAACUGUAUGAGAAUGAAAAUAAUUAGUCAAAGGAAGCAGAUUUCUAGGGGUAGCACAGCCAUCCAUGCGAUUGCAGAAAGACUGGAACAUAAAAAGCUUGUACUAAGUCCCUGUUCAGAACACCAGGAAACCUUUUUACCUGCCAUGGCCUAUAAUGUUAUGAUCUGAAAGUGUAUAUGGGCAGAAGCAAAACAGACAAAAAGUUGCCUGCAAGCUUCUCCCGUAAGUCCAGUCAAUUCCCAUCUGGGUAGCUUCACCUGAAGGUAGCCUGGGUAGUUUUGUUUAUCAGCUUUAAGUCACUAAACUGUUUAGAAUAUUUAUUAGUUGCACUAACUCUGACUAUGCCAUAGUUAAGCUGGGCUGUUGCAUGCAGUGGGUUCACCUGGAUGCCUGCUGUAGGAAUACUUACCCUGGGCCAUUUAAGGCUGUGCUAGAUCAGAGGAUGUAGCAUGCUGCUACAAAACACAUCUGUACCUACUAAAACUUUCUCAGAAGUUUCA